AUGACAGUAUGUGAUGCCGAGAUUAGGGCUUUGAGAUGCAUAAAUUCAUUCUUGGAUGUUUUUGGUAUAAACAUAAAUGAUUUUGGUUUGGUAGAUUUUGACGUAAUUGUGAAUGAUGCUGAUGUGUUAGCAAACAUGAUUUUAGAAGAGACUACAAAUAUUAAUGUUCAGUAUUUUUCUAUUGGUGGUCCAGGAGGUACUGGAAAAACUUUUCUGUACAAGGCACUAGUUGCUGUAGUACGAUCUCGACAACUUAUUGCAUUAGCAACAGUGUCAUCGGGAGUGGCUGCUUCUUUAAUGCCGGCUGGGAGAACUGGUCAUAAACGUUUUAAAAUCCUACUUCAAGCAAGUUCUGAUAUGCGAUGUUCAGUAAGUAAACAAUCAUCACUUGGUCAACUUUUACAAAUGACAAAGCUAAUUGUGUGGGAUGAACCACCGAUGAUUAAUAGAUGUGCUUUUGAAGCUUUGGAUAAAAUGUUAAAAGAUAUUACUGAAUGUGAAUUGCCAUUUGGUGGAAAGGUUGUUGUGUUUGGAGGAGAUUUUCGACAAGUGUUGUCAGUAGUACAAAGAGGAACAAAAGAUGAUAUCAUGAAGAAGGAAAUAAGUAUUCGGUACCAUUUAAGAGAACUCAAUUUCUCAUUCGUCCUUGUUUUGCAAUGA